ACUGUGUGCUGGUUCUAUUCCCUCCUCAGCACAGCGCAGACAUGGAGACCCAGAGAGUGCAGUCCUCGUACCGUAAACGUUUUGGGACCCAGAACCCGACCGCCCUGCGCCUGUCGUCUGCCCGCUUAUCCUGGCACGGGACGCCACGGAGCCUGACCCACUCCAGCCCCAUCUCCAGAUCUUCAGUGGGCUCGCUCCUCCUCGGCAGCCCUGUGGACCGCCUGGACUUCUCCGCAGACUCUGCCCUGAAGGCCCAGUUUAAAGAGACCAGGACCAAUGAGAAGGUGGAGAUGAUGGGCCUGAACGAUCGCUUCGCCAGCUACAUCGAGAAGGUGCGGCUCCUGGAGCAGCAGAACAAGGUGCUGGUGGCCGAGGUGAACCAGCUGAAGGUGAAGGAGCCCAGCCGAGUGGGCGAGAUGUACCAGGAUGAACUGAGGGAGCUGAGGAGACAAGUGGACCACCUGACCUCCGCCAAGGCCCGAGCUGAGGUGGAGCGGGACAACAGUGCCGCCGACCUGGACAAACUCAAACACAGGCUGCAGGACGAGAUGGUUCUGAGGCAAGAGGCCGAGAACAGUUUGAGCGCCUUUAGACAGGAUGUGGACGAGGCAGCUCUGAGCCGAGUGCAGUUGGAGCGGAGGAUCGAAGCUCUUCAGGACGAGAUCAACUUCCUCAAGAAAGUCCACGAUGAGGAGCUCCGUGAGCUUCAGGAGCAGAUUCUGGCUCAGCAGGUCCACGUGGAUCUGGACCUGUCCAAACCCGACCUGACCGCGGCUCUGAGGGACAUCAGGGUCCAGUACGAGACCAUGGCCUCCUCCAACAUGCAGGAGACAGAGGACUGGUACAGGUCUAAGUUCGCCGACCUGACCGAUGCAGCCAAUAGGAACGCAGAGGCUCUACGUCAGGCCAAACAGGAAGCCAACGAGUACAGACGACAAGUGCAGGUGGUGACCUGUGACCUGGAAGCACUCCGAGGGACUAACGAGUCUUUGGAGCGUCAGUUGCGAGAGCAGGAGGAGCGGGCGGCGCUGGAGAGCUCGGCGUACCAGGAGAGGGUGGCUCAUCUGGAGGAGGAGAUCCAGAGUCUGAAGGAGGAGAUGGCCCGACACCUCCAGGACUACCAGGACCUCCUCAACGUCAAACUGGCCCUGGACAUUGAGAUCGCCACCUACAGGAAGCUGCUGGAAGGAGAGGAGAGCAGGAUCACUAUUCCGGUUCAGAGUUUUUCCAACCUACAGUUCAGAGACACUGGGCUGGACACCAAGACCCCAGAGGCUCACGUGAAGAGGAGCAUCCUGGUGCGCACCGUGGAAACCCGCGAUGGAGAGAUUAUCAAAGACACCAUGACUGAGCACAAGGACCUGCCCUGAUCACCUCCACAUUGGACAACACCUGUGUCGGCUAAAACUUCACAAUAUUAAUCUAGUUUUUCGAGAUUUGUGACGAGUGUAGAGAUUAGGGCUGUCAAAAGUAUCGAAAAUCAGAUACUAAUUGAUACUAAAACUAUUAUCAAAACUAGAUACUCGUUUGAGCAAGUAUCGAUACUAAACAACCUGGACACUGAGGGAUUACACAGAUAUAAGGCCAAAUGGGAUUAUAAAAGAAAAUACUACCGUUUAAUGUUGAAAAUCACAUUCUAUUGUCUAAAGAAAGAGUGUUUUUAUUGUCAUCGUGGUAUCAGAAUCGGUAUCGGGUAUCGAGUCUAUUCCUUAGCAUCGAAAUCGGGUUUGAAAUUUUAGUAUCGUGACAACACUAGUGGAUAAAUAUAUUUAGUAGAUCUCUAAAUACACUGUAGUUUCUCCACGUGCUCUACAUGUAACUUUUCUGGUCUGCCACCUGCUUGUCUCCAUGGAGAUAUUGCUGUUAUACCAGGAAUAUUCCACGUUAUGGUAUUAAACAUAUCAUGCAUGUAUUCAAAUCAAUGUAUUGUUCAAACAGACCUUGUAAAAUGCAUUGUUACAGUGCGUGGACUCUCCUUUCCACAGAUCUGACCUUUUACCUGGUCAUGUGUAACGCAAACUCAAGUUUAUCUAAGUGUAAUGUCAAACAGUGGAACAUUUCAGAAUCCACCACCAGAAAAGUUACACAGUGCACCAGAGUUUAGUUUAGUUGUUUUUGAAAUUAAAAUAUAUUCAAAGGAUAUUUUUUUUUGAGAGAUCAGAUUCAUAUUUAAAAUUUAAAUCAGGUCUGUUCUGCAAAUUGUUCUGUUCAGAUCUCCAUGUUCUAGUCAUUUCUUCUCAUUGAGCCUCUGAAGUUGUAUUUGGAGUGAUUCAUGUUUGACUUUAAUCUUCAAUCUCUUAUUUUCAAGACACCAUUUUGCCGAUCUACCCUCGUGUUUCACCUCCACGCCCACUGUGACGUACACACUUCCUUCUCCAGUUUUAUAAUCGGUGAUACUCGUAGGAUUCGGUAGCGUCACGUAGUCAUUCUGGUACAAAUGGAAAAAAAAAGGUCUGUUCGCUCGUGUGAUGUGCAGCUGUCAAUAGGGGGCGCUUUGUAUAUUAUAACAUAAUGAACCACAGGUGUCAGAGAUUAGAACUACAGAGCGACGCAAGCACAACAGAUUGAUUUAAGUCGUUUAAACUCACAUUUUAAACUUAAAACCUUAGACGUGUUUUCGAAACAUAUUCUACCAUCUGAUUUUUUAAUUAAUUUUAGAAAACUUUACACUGCUUUUUUGUUUUUUAUAUACAAUUUUGUGCUUUAUAAUGAAAUCCAACAGUGCCUAAACUAAAAAGCUUUCAUUUUGGUGAGUUAAAAUAGAAGGAUCUCACAUUUAUUUUACACUGGUUUGGAGCAGGCCUAGUCACACUAUGAAGGCUUAAACACAUCACUGUUUAACAUGAGCCUGAAGCAAACAGAGGUCUGUUUGAAACAAGAUUCAAGAUGUUUUGUUUUUUUUGUUUUUUUAUUUUAGGAAUUUUUAACCACAAUUUUAAUACUUUUUUUUAGAACUUUUAGAAUUUAGAUGUGGAUGUGUCUGUCGUCGCAGGUUGGUGGUUUGACUAAGACUGAAAGUGAAAAUUGAAAAACUGAAAACAGACAUAAAAAGAGGGAAAGUGAAUGUUUCAGUGGAUUUAAGAAGAUUUUAUGAGAAUUUUAGAUUUUUUAUAUAAUUUUGCUCAAAGAGGAGGUAUUCUGCAAAAAAUUCUCUCUUUUUUUUAAGCUUUUUUCCAUGUUCUAACGCUGCUCUCUCAUUAAAACCAUGGCUGAAGAGGUUUUAAAUGUCAUCCAUGCAUGUUUGAGAAAUAUAGCGAUCUCUCCUGGACCCUACUCAAACCCUCUUUACGAUUAGCUGUAAGAUUCUGUACAAGGCUCCGCCCACAAGCCGACAUCACCCAUGCUCCCACACGACAAUUCUCCAUAAAUAUACAAAAACAUGAUACAAAACUGUACACAGCAACUUGACAAACCUGAUGUGAUGUGCAGUAGUUUCUUUAGCGGGAUGCAGCUGAAUGUGUUGUGAUAGCGCUCUGAGGGGGGAGUGACUUAGCGCAGAGAGCAUGAAAGUGAAAUUUAUAAAACAUGUUAAUAAUACCUUGUUUUAGGUGAAUGUAGCAUUUUCAAAACAACAAAAGGAAACAUGGUGAUCUAAAUAUGUUAUGUGUUACAGUUAAUACCCCGUAGAAGUAAAAUACCUCCUCUUUAAGUGUCUCUAGUAGACUUGUGGUGUCGCUGCUGUUCUGUGUAACCUGCUGCUCAGAUACUUGUUUUUUUUCCAAGAGUAGAACCCGCACAGGACUUUAAUAAAUGGUUCUUGUGUUAAAAGUG